GGCAACCUCUGGCGCUGAUGCCAGUCAACAAGAAGGCAGAUUUGGCUGCGGUAAGUUUUAUGUUGUACUGACUGACCCAACAUUCAUGAGCACACAAGCUGGCAGCAUUCGACGGUUAGCCGCUUGGUUCCGUUGUACCAGCUUACACCCAUGUUUUGGACCACCAGCUAUUCGACCUUCAGCACCGUUUGAAUGUCAUCAGACGACGUUUGUACCUGACAAAGGACGGAUGCACAGGUCGGGCAGUUACUGCGUCGAAAGUGGCCAUAGCAUGCUCCAACAACCCUUGAACAAUUCUGACCGUACCGAAGAGUACUCACAGCAUUGUGAAUCAUCUGCUAGUUGCCCCAGGCCUUCUCACAUCACCAACUUCAUAGAAAGUCAAAUGCGAAGACCGUGCCUAUCAUACCUGCUUCCGACGCCGACCUCAUCCUUGAUCCGUGAUCAAGUGGGCAUUGCAACAAAAGAGUCACUAAAGAGAAGAGAGCGGAUAGCCUGCUAUAUAGUGCCGGGCCCGCUGUGUGCCGACGAGUGCUUGCUAUUCUCAUUCUACAGUACUGUAGGUGCCACAUCGUGCGAUCAUUUCUUCGCCGGCAUGGGAAAAAACGCGACUGACAAUCACGCAGCCUAGUCAGUAACCAUGGGAAACGGCGCGAAAGCCGCAACGAAGCGGGAGCGCAACGCGAAGAACGAGACCAAGGGACCUACGUCCCAGCUCAAAGCGGCGCGCGAGUCCUUAGCGUUGAAUGCUAAGUCUUUUGACGAGCGCUGAUCACUCGAGUCCCCCAGACAGAGUUCAAUCAGCAGAAGCUUCCUAGCUAAUGUUGAAAGCAUCAGUCGCCUGCCGGCGCCGAAAUGUCUAGGUCUUCUC